AUGGUGCAGACGUUGUCUGAUAUGGCGUCGACAGCAGUGGCGAAGAGUGGCUUUCAGCGACGAGUCGCAUUUUUAGCUUCAACACGCCGACGGCAGAGCUGGAGUACCGACGACGUAACGAGCGUUAUGCCAAUAAUUGUGUGCGGCAGGUGGACAGAUAUGGAGGGGGGAGUGUUAUGGUAUGGGCGGCCAUCACUUACACUGGCAGAACAGACCUUGUACAUGUCCCAGAUGAAGUGCACACUGUUGCUGAUACUGCUAGUGGCCCUCACGAUAAGCCAUCCGACAGAAGGCAAAAUCAGACUGCGAAAAAUCUGGCAUAAAAUAAAGGCGAUAGCAGAAAUAAUAAACAAGCUACGCAAGCGAGAUCUCGCGGAGUUUGAAAAUAACAUGGACGGACUAACGGAUCAGCUACAACUGGAAGAUGCCUUGGACACGCCGGUUGCUCGGGAAAUCCUGAACGAAGAUGGAAACUCCGAGGCCUCUAUGGAAGAGUUCCAACGAUUCAUUGCAGAGAUGAGCAAAGUGGAAUAAAUUGACAUCAACACCUGAUCUGCCAGAAUAUCCACGACAGACUGUUAAUGAGAUAAUCUCUCUUUAAUACAAAUAAAAUUUGCCCAAA